GAGAGUAAGAGCCCCAUGGCACGGCCUGCAAACCUCUUUGGAACCAGGCCACUCGUCCUCUGUCGGGUCCGGCGCGAGCCUGACCCCCCUCCGGCGGAGGCACUUGGUUCCACCCCGGCGGGUGGCCAUGUUGCGCCCAUAAAAAGGGAGGGCGUCGGCGCGCGGAGCAGAUGCCGCUGGCCGCGCGCGAAAGCCGAGUGCGAAUGUAGUGUGGCCCUGACGGAGAGGCGCGGGAGUCCAGCAGGAGUCUGCGGGGAGCGGCCGGGCGCUGCGAUGGCCGUGGCUGUGGGGAGGCCGUCGAAUGAAGAGCUUCGAAACUUGUCCCUUUCUGGCCAUGUUGGAUUUGACAGUCUGCCUGACCAGCUGGUCAACAAGUCUACGUCACAAGGAUUCUGUUUCAACAUUCUGUGUGUAGGUGAGACAGGCAUUGGCAAAUCCACAUUAAUGGACACUUUAUUCAACACUAAAUUUGAAAGUGACCCAGCUACUCACAAUGAACCAGGUGUCCGGUUAAAAGCCAGAAGUUAUGAGCUCCAGGAAAGCAAUGUUCGGCUGAAGCUAACCAUUGUCGACACAGUGGGAUUUGGAGACCAAAUAAAUAAAGAUGACAGCUAUAAACCGAUAGUGGAAUACAUUGAUGCCCAAUUUGAGGCCUACCUGCAAGAAGAACUGAAGAUCAAACGUUCUCUCUUCAACUAUCAUGACACAAGGAUUCAUGCCUGCCUUUACUUCAUUGCUCCUACUGGACACUCACUAAAGUCCUUGGACCUGGUCACCAUGAAAAAGCUGGACAGUAAGGUGAACAUCAUUCCAAUAAUUGCAAAAGCAGACACAAUUGCCAAGAACGAGCUGCACAAAUUCAAGAGUAAGAUCAUGAGUGAACUUGUCAGCAAUGGGGUCCAAAUAUAUCAGUUUCCUACAGAUGAAGAAACAGUGGCAGAGAUUAAUGCAACGAUGAGUGUGCAUCUCCCAUUUGCAGUGGUUGGCAGCACUGAAGAGGUGAAGAUUGGUAACAAGAUGGCAAAAGCCAGGCAGUACCCAUGGGGUGUUGUGCAAGUGGAGAAUGAAAGCCACUGCGAUUUCGUGAAGCUGCGGGAGAUGCUGAUCCGAGUGAACAUGGAGGACCUGCGGGAGCAGACGCAUGCCCGCCAUUAUGAAUUGUACCGGCGCUGUAAGCUGGAGGAGAUGGGGUUCAAGGACACUGACCCUGACAGCAAGCCCUUCAGUCUUCAGGAGACAUACGAAGCUAAAAGGAACGAAUUCCUGGGGGAACUGCAGAAGAAAGAAGAGGAAAUGAGACAAAUGUUCGUUAUGAGAGUGAAAGAAAAAGAGGCUGAACUUAAAGAGGCAGAGAAAGAGCUUCAUGAGAAGUUUGACCUCCUAAAGCGGACACACCAAGAAGAGAAGAAGAAAGUGGAAGACAAGAAGAAGGAGCUGGAGGAGGAGGUGAACAACUUCCAGAAGAAGAAAGCAGCAGCUCAGCUGCUACAGUCCCAGGCCCAGCAGUCUGGGGCCCAGCAAACCAAGAAAGACAAGGAUAAGAAAAAUGCAAGCUUCACAUAAAGCCUGGCAAGCCAAGGAUGUUCCCGCAUUCACCUGCUUUUGCAGUAGUAGUGUACUCUGCCAUCUGUGUCCUUUGGUUUUAUUUUGUUGUUCAGCCUUCCCCAAAUACCAGUAGCUCUUAACUCGUUUUGCUGAAUGUUGUUGGGUGCUGGAAAAUGAUAGAACAAGGGAAUAACAGCCAAAUCUCUGUGCGCCUGGAUCUUGUUUCUGGAAAGUAAACAAUUGCCUUUCAUGUCUGUCCCCAGUGGCAGCAGGAAGCAUACUUGUCAUUUGUGUGUCACUGUGAAGGAGGAAAGUGGGGUAAAAUGCUGCCUGUACGUCUGAUGUAAGAACUUCCCAUCACCUCAGCAGCUGAACUAAAUCCUGAAUAGCCCUGACAACAACUUGCAUUUCUUGACUAUUCAUCUCCGCGAUUGCAUAGUCCCUGAUCUCUUUGUGUCUCCUCCACACCAUCCCCAAACUAAGGUAGAUUUGUAAGUAGGCAGAGCAGCAGGGAGCACUGUAGAUGACUUUUAAAUGCAUGCAUGAAUAUUUCAUUUUUACACUGACAUUCUCUGCCCGAGCUUGUGCUCUGUUGUUCACUCUCAGGUUCAGACAGCUUCUGAACACCCACCUCUCAGAGCCUGGCUACACUGCUGUGAGUGCUUAUGUCACCCAUGUCACCUUGAUCUUCUCACAGACUGAGAUCUCAUUGUUAAGUAGAAGACUCUUCCACCAAGGAUAACAGGCACCACUCAGCCUGUCUAGUGCUUGCAGUAAGAAGUUUUUCAUAAACACAUCCACAUGUGCUUGCCAGAGGGCUGAUGGACAGGACCUUAUGACUGAUUCCAGGCCACUAAUCAUGAGAAAAUUGCCACAAAUACUUCAAAUAGAAAAUUUGCUAUAAACCUUGUGUCAUCAGCAACAAAUUUGAGAGGACCUUGUCAAUUUAAGGUACAAAUGAGAAGGAACAUAACAUGAAUCAAAAAGUCAAAAUUCAGCUUCACUUCCAGCUUUCUUGCUGGUGUUUCGAAUCCAGUUGUCUUGAAGGGAUUUUCCUCUCUCAGCCCUCACCGUGACUAGUUUCACCUGCUCUCUGUGUCCCAGGGCCAUCCCCUCACCCACAAUUAGGACUGACUCAGGUGCCAGAAUGUAUACUUCCUGCCUGAUUGGUAUCAAGAAAGGCAUGUGUAAUCUCCGUGCUGUACUACCCCUUCCUGAUGCUGGAUCCUGCUGCAACAAGAUCCUGUGCUUCCUCCCUAGAUCUGUCUUCUCCUGUUUUACUUGAGAGGAUAACAUUCUCAUGAACCCAGUACUUUCCCUCUGCUUUUUCAGUCUGACCUUCACUAGUUACAGAUGAACGGGUGAGAAUAUACUGCAUCUGCCCUCACCCAAUACACACUUUUUAAAAUACUAAAUUUCUAUCUGAUUCCAUUAAAUAUUUUUUUCUUUUCCUUCUCUUUGCCCCCAUUCAUACAGAGGAGAAAGAAGGGAUGGUCUUCCAUGAUGGAAACCUCAUUAGGCAAAGUGAGAAAACUGGGUUCACUGAAGUGCAGACUAAGCUGGGAUGGAGACUGCAAACUAGAAACAGCAGCACUGUGGUCCUCACAGGGUGAGGAGCUGUUAGACCAGUGUUUUUGUCUUUGCUUUUGUUUUUGUAAGUCCUUCUAGUCUAAGGCUAGUUGUGGAGCAUGCUGACUCUAAUCCUGGGCUGAUUUGCUCCUAUGCUGGGUACCUCACAAAAGCUUGAAUAUUUGUGUUGUAUGCUUGUUCCAGCCAUUGCUUGUGUGAGCAUUUUUUGUGCCUUGUAAUAGAAAAUACACUUUUAAAUUCUAUUUCUUGCAUUCCUAAAAGCUUUUAAAAAUGAGCUUAGCAACGAAAAGCAUCCAGCUGACUUUUUGACUCCAAGAUUAUUGAUUUUUUUGUAUUAAAUUUUUCAUAGCAAAAUAAAUUUUAUGGAGAGUCAGGGAAUAAAGUCAAAAGAAACAUACAGAAGCUUUUUUAAAAAAAUGUGUUGCUUCUGAACUUUUCUCUACCCUUACUCCCCAGCCCCGAUUAGUUUGUUAUUGCUGCCUUUUUUCUUUCUGUAUCUGUGCCUUUUUUCACAGUAGUCCUUGGCUCUGCACGGAAUAAAUGAUACCCUCAAAUCUAAUGGGAUGUGCUUUCGCCUUUGCAUGUAAGUACAGUAGUAAGAAAUCUUUGAGAUCUUUCUGACUUUCUAAAAUCAAAUGGGAUGGAAAGAUUUUGGGGAGGGUAUGGAGAGAGAAUAGUGUCUAGCUUUUAAAUAAAAGCUAAGUAUGUCUAAAAUGGCCACAUUUAUAUGUUUUUCACAAUUUGUUUCCCACUUCUUAAUCUCUUUGUAGUCAGAAAUGACUAAUCCCAGCCUGUGUUCUGCACAAUGUAAUGGGCAUUGUUGGCUAUUACAGAGGGUCCUGGAUCCUGACCAUGCAAAUAAAGCUAGAGUGAGAAGCGACCACCUUCCGUUGGAUAAAAACCAAGAAGAUACUUAUGCUAGGCUGUCUUUGUGGUCACUUACAUUCUAGAUCUUAGUUAUUGGCCUCUCCCUGGUGCUGUGACAGUGUCACUUUUUUUUUUUUUUGGCCAGAUGGCUCUGGCUGGCCUCUGCCUGUAUCUUUUGUUCUAGCAUAAUGACUUUCGUUUUGGUUCUUCUGAACUGUAGAUACCCAUAACAGUGGCAUAGGCUGUGACAGAGAAGCAUGUAUGAGAAUUUACUGAGAGUUCAGAGGGUUAUUAGGCUAAAUAUUAAUUGGUCUGAGUUUUCUCCAAAAGGGCAUCUCAACCAGGGGAAUUAUGUAAUGCUGGACACAGGUUUCUUAAUAUUUUUCUUCUCAGCUUUGUAACUCACCAGCAAUAAUACUUUGUCUAUAUCUUGUGCACCUCAAGUGAACAGACUUGGCCUCCUCAUGUUAUUGAUAUACCCCUCUGUGUUCCACAUGCAGUGUCAAGUCAGGUUUUCUGAGUGUAUCCGAACUGUGCCCUGCUGUCUCUGUGUGUUCCCGCCAGAACUGUCCAUUUUGGUCGCUUGGCUUUGCCAUUUGCAGGUGUCUGGAACUGUCAAGUCUCAGCUUCCAAAGGUCCCGGUUCUCUUGGCAGGACACAUAUGUGAUGACUCUUUAGCGGGAUUGUGACCUAUAAAAUCUAGUUUGUAUGUAGGUAUGAAGGGGAUUUUUAAAAAAUAAAUUGAAAAUUAAGCUGUGAACAGCAUUAGAAUUUUGUCUAUUUCUUAAUUUUAAAAUAUGCUGAUAUGCCUUAAACUGUAGUUGUAGAUCCUUGUCAUUUUGCUGUUUGGAAAUAACUGGUAUUUUCUAAAACUGUUGUGUAAUCUACCUUCAGUGUUAAUACAGAAUUGUCAUAUAUGUAAGCUGCAUGUGAGAUGCUUGUCUUUUUUUUAAGAACUAAAAUAAUUGUAUUGAUGUGAAGCGUAUUAUUUCUUCAAGUAUGAAAGUAGUCACUCAGCAACCUGCUGGGUAAUUUGGUAUCUGUUAAGGUAGGAGUGUGGUAACAGGUAAUCUAUGCAUACAUAUCACUAGCGCCAAAACAAAAAGUGGGGAAAAUAUAUUUUUACCUAAAUGUCA